AUGUUAUUCUGUUCUUUUUCGUGUAUUGGCCAGGUUACAACUUUUUCAAAGUCUCUACUUAAAAUUCAAGGAAGCUCGAUUUAUUGUCAAAUAUCACUGACUUCCGGGCACGUAAGUGUAUCAAACUCGAUUUCCAAUAGGUACUUUUGCCAUGCCUGCCAAAAUAAUGUAAGAAUUAAUGAGAGUCAGAGUAACGAUACAGAUCUUACGUGCCCACAAUGUGGGAGUAACGGCUUUGUUGAAUUAUUAGUUUCGGAUACUCAACAAGGCCAGGGAUUUUCUCUUUUUACUAUUACAGACCCUAGUAAUUUCCAAGAUUCUUCAGCAGUUCUUCCUAGAUCUUCCUGGGUAAACAUCUCAUCUUUCCCUCAAUCAAGUACUGAAUUAGGGGCGGAUAAUCUGCUCUCCAGGUUAAUUUCAGAAGUUUCUAAUUCUUUGCGGAACUCUCAUAACACCCCAACUUCAUUUGACUCUGUGCUGCCGAGUGACAGUACAAGAAUUCACCAAGAACAACAUAAUUCUCAUCACGCCCAAGCAAUAUCAUUUUCCGGUGAAGUACCGACAGUGAAUCCUGGUACAACUACAUUUAUGGUUGGGCUUAACGGAGAAUUUAGAGAAUUCCCUCUUGGAGAUGUUCUUGCAGGAAGCACACUUUCGAACUUAGUUGAGAGCAUGGAGAAUGCUCUUGCAGUAGCCCUUAGUGCUGAAGAUCCUAAUAAUCGUUUUGGAAGCCCACCAGCUUCAGUCCAAGUCGUCGAGCAGCUUCCUAGAGAAACCGUUUCAGAAGAAAACAUUACCAGAAUCAAGAUGUGUGGCCCUUGUGUUAUAUGCCAGGACGAAUAUAACAUUGGUGAUGAAGUAAUAGGUCUUUCAAAAGAUGAGGAGGUUUGCCAUCACAUAUUUCAUGCGAAUUGCCUUCUUCCUUGGUUAAACCAACAUAAUUCUUGCCCAGUUUGCAGGUUUGAGCUCCCAACGGAUGAUGUAUCCUACGAAAAUAGGAGAAGAUCUUCAACUCAAAAUGUUUCUUCAACUCUGGAAUCUACAGAUCAAGCAGGUACCCAAUUAGGAACUCAGAAUGAAGUUCAACAUGAUUCAAACUCUGUGACCGCUCCGAAUAAUAAUAUACAAUCUACAAAUUCAGAAUCUCAAGAACCUCAUAUAGAAACUGAAUUAGUUAAUACUCAAAUAAAUUCUCAAGAACAGGAACAUAGUCAAAAUAGGGAGACAUCUAACAACAAUUUGAGUAGUGCCAGCUUUAGAACAAUAAACUUCUCAACUCCAAUAGGAGAAGUUACUACUUUUACAUCUCAACUACCUGUGAUUACAAGCACAAUAUCUACAACGGAAACUUUCCAUACAACAACCCAUCAAGAUCCGAUUUCUUCAGACGAUACAAUAAAUGAUUUUCAUAAUUCAGCGCACAGGAGAAUUCACCAACUUCACCAUUCUGGAAUAGAUUUGACAUCUUACGACUUAGAUCCUGAAUCAAUUUCAGAUUUCACUCCAAUUGAUACGAUUCGAAAUUCGAACUCUUGUAGGAUGAUCUAG